UUUGCUGCUCAUCGCAGCUCUCUCCUGCGAUCACAAUAUUCAUGUUCCUACUAAUUUCUUAUAUUCCAAGCCAGAUUUCACAGAAAAUAAAACAAAAAGGAAGGUUGACUAAUGGCGGAGGAUGAGGAUCCUCCGCCUAGAAAUCAUUUCCCGGAAUUAAAUUCUGACAAAUCGGGCGAGGAUUGUUGUAGCUCGUUAUAUGUUCGUGAACUGGAUGCGCGAGAUCCUUCAGGAUUCUGGAGAUUGAUUUAUCUGUGGACUGUAAGCUUCUGAGGAUUCAAAGGAAUCGAUGUCGACUGAGAUAAAACUAGAAUCAAUUAUCUAUCAUGAUGCUAAGGAACCAGAUUAUGGCCCUUUAAAUGGAAAGUCAGCAUUUGCUGAAAGAUUCAAUGUGUUACACAAAACACAUGCAUCAAGUGACAGGUUUUUCAAAGAUAAUAGAGCACUAAGUGAUGGUGUCAAUCCUAUGUUUAAUGGAGAAGGAAAAAGAGAAUAUGGAUCUCAAAGAAAAUCCGGGCCCCUUGUUUCUGGAGCAGCAUAUUGUCUUUCUUCCUGCGCCAUGAUCCUAAUGAACAAAGUUGUUCUUUCAAGUUAUUCUUUUAGUGCUGGUAUUUCAUUGAUGUUUUACCAGAAUCUUAUCAGUACUGCUGUAAUUGUUAUAUUGGGUUUCUCUGGAGCAGUUUCACUAGAGAAACUCAAUUGGAAGCUAAUCAAGGUUUGGAUCCCUGUUAAUUUGAUCUUCAUUGGCAUGCUCAUAUCAGGAAUGUAUAGUUUGAAAUACAUAAAUGUUGCAAUGGUGACCAUUCUGAAGAAUGUCACAAAUAUUUUAACAGCAAUAGGAGAGUAUUAUGUUUUCCGGAAGAGACAGAAGCAGCAAGUUUGGACAGCCAUGUUUCUUAUGAUUAUAUCAGCCAUAUCUGGAGGCAUAACAGAUCUCUCUUUUGACUCUACUGGUUAUGCAUGGCAGUCACUUAAUUGUGUCCUAACUGCAAGCUACUCGCUCACACUGAGACGCAUCAUGGACAGAGCCAAGCAAUUGACAAAAUCUGGAUCUCUUAACGAAGCUUCAAUGGUGCUGUUGAACAAUGCAUUAUCUUUACCAUUUGCCAUCGGCUUAAUUCUCCUGUUCGACGAAUGGGAGUACGUAAUGAAUGCCGAAGUAGUUAGGACGCCAAUGUUUUGGGUUGCUGCAACAGCUAGUGGACUACUAGGGCUUGCCAUUAGCUUCACAUCAAUGUGGUUUUUGAAUCAAACUGGCCCAACAACUUACAGUCUUGUGGGUUCCUUAAACAAGAUUCCCAUAUCUAUCAGUGGCCUUGUGUUGUUCAAGGUCCCCCUGAGUCUUCCCAAUUUGUUCAGCAUACUUUUCGGCCUGCUUGCCGGAGUCCUUUUCGCAAGGGCCAAAAUGUCGUAACUGGAGCAAAUGUUUGUCAUCUGCAAUGGCCAAAAGAUUUGCAGAAAAGUUCCCAAUACAGUGCUGAUUUCUGCCAUAAAGUGGGGGAAAACAUUCAAACUAAAUUAGUAGCGAGAGCGUGUGGACUAUGGUUCAAGAUUUAUAUAUAUAAUUAGGAUCGAAAAAGAAAUAGUAGCGAGAGCGUGUGGACUAAUCUCAUCUGCCUAUAUAUAUAUGUGCUGAAAGCUUGUAGGAUCUUAUGGUUCAAGAUUUACUAAGAUGAAAAUGGAUGGGCAACUCAAUCAUGUAGGCAGCACAUUCUCUUUUGGUUUCUGUUCAAUUUUCUGUAGUAUGAUGAGAUUGUAAGUAUACCAUUGUAUACGUUUUUGUUUUUCUUUUACAUCUUUUU